AUGGCGGUCCUCGCGCCUUUGAUUGCUCUCGUGUAUUCGGUCCCGCGACUUUCACGAUGGCUGGCCCGACCUUACUACUUUUUGUCAGCCCUGCUGUCUGCUGCCUUCCUACUCGUGAGGAAGCUGCCCCCUGUCUGCGAAAGUCUCCCCACGCAACGCGAAGACGGCAACCCGUGUGACUUUGACUGGAGAGAAGUGGAGAUCCUGAUGUUUCUCAGCGCCAUCGUGAUGAUGAAGAACCGCAGGUCCAUAACCGUGGAACAGCACAUAGGCAACAUCUUCAUGUUCAGUAAGGUGGCCAAUGCAAUUCUUUUCUUCCGCCUGGAUAUUCGUAUGGGCCUGCUUUACAUCACACUCUGCAUAGUGUUCUUGAUGACAUGCAAACCCCCCUUGUACAUGGGCCCUGAGUACAUCAAGUACUUCAGUGACAAAGCCAUUGAUGAGGAGCUGGGGCGCGACAAGAGGGUCACUUGGAUCGUGGAGUUCUUCGCCAACUGGUCCAGUGACUGCCAGUCAUUUGCUCCUAUCUACGCUGACCUCUCGCUCAAGUACAACUGCACAGGGCUGAAUUUUGGGAAGGUAGACGUUGGACGCUACACGGAUGUUAGUACACGGUACAAAGUGAGCACGUCACCCCUCACCAAGCAGCUUCCUACCCUGAUCCUGUUCCAAGGUGGGAAGGAGGUCAUGCGGCGGCCGCAGAUCGACAGGAAGGGCCGGGCUGUCUCUUGGACAUUCUCAGAGGAGAACGUGAUCCGAGAAUUCAACCUGAAUGAGCUCUAUCAGCGGGCCAAGAAGCUGUCCAAGGCUGGAGAUAGGAUCCCCGAGGAGCAGCCUGUGGCCACGGGGCCUGCUGCUGUGCCAGAUGAGGAGAGCAAGAAGGACAAAUAG